AAAAGAUGAAUACCCAAAUGCAAUUUUGGCUUGGAGUUCUUACCACACAAUAACAUAACAGAUAACAGAACGGAACCUAAGCGAUACUCUCCAAGCCAAAAGCUAUCCUAUACUUUGUAGUAGAAUGCAGCCAUUUCUUGAUUGAAUGAUUUCUUCCGUCCGAUGAAGAUGCUGGGAAGGCUGGAGGAACUCCGCACGCCGCCUACUUAAUGAGAACUUCAUCAAUUUCUUGCCCGAAUCCAAUCUCUCUGAGGCUACCCACUCCCAGCACCCGCCGCUUGUUUCUGCCGGGUUCGGAGCUCCGACUAACCCGCUGCCGCUGCUUCUACGGGAAGAGAAGAUUCCAGAAGCUGAUUCCUCAGGCCAAGAAGAGGUCCGAUAGGUGGAUGAGGAGCUGGUGGAAGAGGGUUUUAGGGGAGGAAGGGAAUUGGUUUGGUCUGAAGGAUGAAGAUAUGCCGGACGAGUUCGAAUUCGAGGAGAUCUUGAACAGCUCUGGCAACGGGGAGCUGUCGGAGGAGGAAAAGUUUGAAGCUUGGAAGCAACGGGCGGAGGCCAUUAUUGAGCUGAGGGAAGCUCAGGUGGAUAUUAGGAACGAGGAGAACAGGAUGUGGGAGGACUGGCUUGUGGACCCCGCUGCUUCCGUUGAACUUGGCAAUGGCUCUUCCUGGGAACAAACUUCCAAUAAUGGCUCCAAUGGGAUUCCUGGAGAGGGUUCUAUAGGGGAUGAUGAUGAUGACGAUGGCCCCAUUUCUCUCAGGAGGAUGGUCAAAUCUAUUAGGGCUAUGGUUAUUGGCCUGGAGGAUGAUGAAAUUUUGUACGAAGAUCGCGUUUUUCAGUAUGCAUCCUCCAAUUCGGCUAAGUUUUUGGCAGGGUUGAUUAUAGUUCCAUGGAGCUUGAGUUUUUUAGCUCAUGAUUUUGUUCUUAUGCCUUUUUUGGACAGAUAUGUGAAGACUGUGCCGCUGGCUGCACAAAUGCUUGACAUAAGAACAUCCCAGAAGCGCGAAUUGGUUAAGGAACUAAAACAUGAGCAAGCUCGUUACCGUUUCGAGGUUCAAAUUGGUAAAUCCCCACCUCUUUCUGACCAGGAGCUUUACAAGGAGCUUCGGGAAAAAAUCUUGGAGAUGCGAGAAGAACGGAGGUUGGAAAAUCGUCGAGAGUUUGCUAAUAUAUGGUCGGAUGCUGUAUUUGGGAUCUCAUUAUUCCUUCUCUUGUACUUCAAUAAGAGUAAGGUGGCUUUGCUCAAAUUCACCGGUUACAAGAUAAUAAAUAAUAUAUCUUACACAAUGAAGGCAGUGUUAAUUAUACUUGUCGCCGAUACAAUUUUAGGGUAUCACUCAGCAGUUGGUUGGGAGGCUUUGGUAGAUGUUAUCUUGGAACAUUACGGGCUUGAGGUUGACGAGGCUGCCAUAAUCAUAUUUGUUGGCAUUGUUCCGGUUGCAAUUGAUGCAUACAUCAAGUAUUGGAUCUUUACGAAACUACCAAAAUUAUCACAAGAGGUUGCGACUAUGGUGUAUAGAAUUGGGAGGCAUUAGAAAGAUUAUUAUUGUCCUCUCCUCUCCUCUGCAGCUGCACCCAUUGGAAUCUAUAAAAGUACUUCAGCUGUUCCAUUCUUCUUUCUGUCAUUUUCUUCUCAAUUGCCUAUUUUUUUUUUAAAAAAAAUGGUUAUAGUCUUAUAGAGAUUAUCCUAAGUAUGGGUGUGAGGCCUAUGUUUGAGCAAUUGAAUUGUGUCUUGGAUGUGCAUUCAAGCAAUUUUGUGUACACUAUAAACUUUUCCAACAAUUAUAUGUAUAUUUUUCCCUUGUUUUCGCCAAAUAUAAUAACAACAAACUCAGUAAAAUCUCACUCAAAGAAAGGUCUGGGAAAGGG